AUGCACCAGAGUGUUAUCUGGCCGCUAGCGGUGAGCUUUGGCAUCGCCGGCUCGGUCAUGCGUCGUGCCACGCAGUCAAUAAACCUAUUCGCUCGGAGCACUGGGAUCCAAGACAAAAGUGUGCGAUACGGCGGGAAUUUGCAGGGUCUGCGCAUUGGCAAAGCAGACGCGCGCCUCAUUCCCACAACACGAGGGGGGGAAAGCAUUAAGGAGCAAUACGAGCGGCGUGUUGGGGUCGUGUGCUCGGACGUCGCCGGGCCGAUAACCCCAUCGUCUGUGUCACGAUCUCGUUACUACGUCACGUUCACUGUAAUGUCGGCGCGAUUCCCGAUGGUCUAUCCGAUGCGCGCCAAGUCCGAAGUCCUAGAGCACUUUAGCAGCUUUCGGACUUACAUCGAGGCAUCGUCAGACACACGCGUUAAUAUUUUACGAAGUGACAACGGCGGCGAGUUUACCAGCAAAGAUUUGCAAACGUACUGUGAGAAGACUGGAGUAGGACAGCAGCUCACGGCUCCGUACAACCCGGAGCAAAAUGGAAUGAGUGAUCGCCUCAACCGCACUUUGGUCGAGAUGGCGCGCUGA